AAAAGGAAGUGACAAUCCAGCCCACACAAUCGUUGCCAUCUUAAAUUUUAGGCGUGUAACAUUGUAGAAAAAAAAAUUCCAGUAUCAUGGCAGUGGAUAACAAGCUAGCUGUUGACAUUAUCAAAAGUGUGGGCCGUUACUGGUCAGACAAUGAACACAGCGACUGUAGAAUUACUGUGGAUGGCAAGGUGUUUCAGGCCAGUAGCUUCGUUCUGAGCGCUUGUUCAGAGUUUUUCAGGCAAGUUUUUCACACUGCGUCUAUCACACACAAGAAUAUCGUCAUUAAGGGGAUCAGUGCUGAUGUGUUUAGCUGUGUCAUCAAAGCGUUGUUUACAGGAGUUACCGGCCUUGAUGAAUCAAAUAUGGUUGAUGUAUUUCUUGCUGCAGGUUAUCUGAAAAUUGAUUUUUUGGUCCAGAAAUGUGAGCAGUUUAUUGAAGAACAUUUGACCAAAGAAAAUUAUCUUCAGCUGUGUAAAGGACUUUUCUGUGUUAGCUCUGUCACUCUUACCAACAAAAUGGUCAGAUUGAUGGCUUUAGAUUUUGAUGAGUUUAGACUGACAGAAACUUUCUUAAACCUGCCAUCGGUAAUGGUUAUCAAAAUUGUAGAAAGUGGAGAGGUCAAAUCUCAAGACACUUUAGUUGAGUCGGUGCUAAAAUGGGCCAGUCAUGGACCUAAAGAUGUCAUCGGGACAUUCGGUUUUCAGUUGUAUCAUGACUUCCAAGAUCUCAUGGAUUUUUGUGUACCUUUUGACUUCAACAGAUACCACCUGUAUCAGUUUGUGGCCAACGACGUCACCAGGAGCCAAAUUCUUGUUCAGUUGAUCAAGAAGAUGAAUCUUGGUGAACUCAGUGAAGCUGGCCUGAAGAUGAUCUAUGAAGACAAGCUGGCUAUAGAACAUCACGAUGUUAAGGAUGCCGUCAUGCAUGAAAUGGCAACCAGAAUGCUGUACAAGUCGGAUAAUAAAAGUGGUCGCAGUUUAUCAAAAUGCACAACCAGUGGACAGUCAAAAUGA